GAUCAACCUCCGUCCUCACAGGGAUUGUCUCCAACAUCGAGUUCACGUGAACCAGAGCAGCAUGAUUCAGAGCGGGACAGAUCUGAGAGAGACAUGUCAUAAAGACAGACAGCUAUUCUUUAUGACUUCUCCUUGGAACUGUCUCUUUGAGCAAUAUGGAGACCAGACUCGCUUUUUUCGUUCUGGUCUUAAUACUUUUUUCAACGUUUUGGAAGCCUGUGCGCAGCCUUAUUGUUAACAGUAGAGAUCAGCUGUUGGCCCUCAGUGGCGCCACGGUGCCGCCGCACGAGCGGCCUGAUGUCCCCCGCGAGCUAAUGAGGAGGAGGAGGAGACACAGGUGCCGUAGGAGAUGCUACAGGCAUCAUGGGUAUUGUCAGAUCUCUCCUCAAUCAGAUGGACGAGCUAACGGCGCUGACCUGGCAUCAGAGGGACUUCUGCGAAUGCAGCAUCAUGGUGCUCACUGAGACGUGGCUAACGGAGCUGACCCCGGACACGGACGAGAGUGGUAAGAGGAAAGGAGGAGGGCUGGCUGUGUCUGUUAAUGACAGAUGGUGUAACUCUGGGCACAUCACUGUUAAAGAACAGGUUGCAUAAUGGACUACAUAAACCUCUGUGUUGAUAACACUGUACCCACCAGGACGUGCAGUGUUUUCCUAACAGCAAACCCUGGAUUAAUCCUGACAUAAAGGCCCUUCUUAAGGAAAAAAGAGGGCCUUUAGGGUCAGGAAACAAGGAGGAGGUGAAAGCUGUGCAGAAGGAGCUGAGGAAGAAGAUCAAAGAGGGGAAGAUACAUGAGGAAGAUGGAGGACCAGUUGCAGCAGAGAAACAUCAGUGGAGUCUGGGAAAGCCUUAAAACCGUCUCAGGGCAGAGGACUCCAGACUCCCAGGCUGUGGGGGAUCAGUCAUGGGUGAACGACAUGAACCUGUUUUUCAAUAGGUUUGACCAAACACCCACCCCUCCCACAGUCCUCCCUGCUGCCCCCCACCACCUCUUCCAUCCCCUCCGUUUACCGCCCCAUUCUCACCUCUACUCUCUAUUUCUCACUCUACUUGGAAAAGUGUCACUGCUGUGGAAAACCUCCUGUGUGGUACCAGAACCAAAGAUCCCUCACCCAAAACACUUUAACAGGUACAGACCAGUUGCUCUCACUUCACACCUGAUGAAGACCCUGGAGCGGCUGGUCCUCGUCCAUCUCUGCCCUCUGGUGGGUCAUUUUAUGGACCCACUCCAGUUUGCUUAUCAGCCCGGCAUCGGAGUGGACGACGCCAUCAUCUUCCCCCUGGAUAGAUCACUGUCUCACCUGGAGAAGCCUGGAGGCACUGUGAGGAUCAUCUUCUUUGAUUUCUCCAGUGCUUUUAACACCAUACUGACUGCACUUUUUGGGGGACAAGCAGCAGCUCACAGGGGUGAACCAACAUCUAACAUCCUGGAUCUUCGAUUACCUCACUAACCGGCCACAGUAUGUGAGAACUUGGGACUACGUGUUGGACACAAUUAUCUGCAGUACAGGGGCCCCACAGGGAGCAUUCCUGGCCUCUUUCCUGUUCAUCCUGUACACCGCCGACUUCUACCACCAAUCCCUUCACUGCCAUCUACAAAAGUUCUCUGAUGACUCUGCUAUUGUCGGCCUCAUCAGGGACGCGGACGACAGAGCCUACAGAGAAUUUAUUCAGGACUUUGUGGACUGGUGCCGGCGGAACCACCUCAAGCUCAACGCCAGGAAGACCAAAGAGCUGGUGGUGGAUUUCCACAGGCACAAACAACCCUGCACACAGGUGAACAUCCUGUGAACAGACAUUGAGAUGGUGACAUCUUACAAGUAUCUGGGAGUCCACCUGAA